AUGAUUUCUAAUCUCCACGAUAUUCUCAAUGAAAUAGGAAGCAAAAUCAGGAGUGAGGACGAGAAACAAGUGUUGAAGUUGGAUGAAAGCGGAGUUUCCAGACGCAUCAGCUCUAGAACUCAAUUCGCAGGGCACAAGAUACAAGUACAUACGAGUUCGGGGGCAGAGAAGAACUUGAAGCCAUCCACCCUGCCUCCCCUCCGACAAGCCAAAAGCCACAGCAAAAGGAAAACGAAGAGUGUCACUAAAAUCCAACCAGUAGCACAGUCCCAGGUCUCUGUAGAUAUGACAACCGCAAAGACUCCACGAGCACUGCGAAGACGGGACCAAACGCACCACGGGAAAGUGCAGGCCAAGGUCCGGCUGAUGAAGUCAAUGCUUCGAAACCAGCGGACCUUGCUCCAGGAGCUCUACAGCCAUGAAGGCUACCUCAGCAAGCUCAACCAGGAGCUGAUCAAGACCAUCUUGGAAACUGAGGACAACAUGGCCUUGAGCGUGCGUGAAAUGCUGCAGCAGCAGAACAUCCUCGGGAAUAUCAUCGACAUCUUGGAGUACUCAAACAAGAAGAGGGUGCAAGAGCUGAGGUCUGAGCUCCAGGAGUGGAAAGAGAAGGAGGAGAGCAAGACAAACACACUUCAGUGGGAGGUGGAACAGCUGAACUCUGAAAUCCGGAAGGCCAAUGAGGAGGUGAAUUUACUAAGCACCUACAUGGACCACGAGUAUCCCAUCAGGUUGGUUCAGAUCGCCAACCAUGUGCGCCUGGUGCAGCAGGCAAAGGACAGCCAGCAGGACGAGCUGGACAACCUUAGGGAGAUGCGUGAAAAAGUCCUGGCAUUUUUUUCCAACAUAAUUCAAGAGAAGAGGAGGAGAAUCCUGAAGUCUCUGGUGGUGAAAACCCAGAAACCCCACGAGAACAGACUUCUGCUGAAGACCCGGGACAGCCGGCGCCUGCAGAGGUGCGUGCUCUGGUUUGAAGAGCUUAUCAAGCAGCUGAAAGAAGAGAUUCCCAUGUUAAUCUCAGAGGUGGAGCAAAUGUAUGCAGAAAUCUGGAACCCUCGAGAGGCCGUUUUUAAGGACGUUCUGCUGCAGAGACCCAAGUGCACCCCAGACAUGGCUGUUGAGCUCAACAUCCCUCCACAGGAGCUGUUCCCUUUCUAGAUGGCAGUGCUGCCUCCUCUCCUCCCUCCUCUCUUCCCAGCACCAGGGGUUUCGGCUAUUGACUUACAAGAUGGCGUCUCUAUUAUAAAUCUGAUCCACAGCCCUCCUCUACCCAUCUCCCUUGCCGCUUGGACUGAGCAGGAAUCCCCAGUCCAGCCUGCUUGUUCCUUGGUGCCAAUAAAGCUGUGUUUGUGUUUGCUUGGG